UGUGCCGAGUGAGACCUGGAAGAAACAAUUGCAUAAUUGCGAAAUUCACAUCCUAAUCUGCGACGACUUCACCCCAGCCUAUUGCGGCUGUGGACAGACACAUCUCUCAGCCAUGAUACUCACAAAUUGUCCAACUUCCCUGAGAAAUAGUUUGAAGGCCCUUGUGGCUUUCUGGUUUUUGGCAGAAAGUAACUCGUUUUUUUGUCACUUCUCGCCCACUACAAUCGCGGAUCAUCGUCUCUCAAUCCCUAGCUCUAUGUCACAACGCCCCGUCCGGGUCGAUUGCUGGCCCAGUUGCGACGAGCCAUCCUCUGUGGCCAUAAUGGUUACCUGUGUGCUACGUUAUCGUCCCUAUUACACUCUCACUAGCGUACUACGGCCCAGGGUCAAGGAGUAAAAGCCCAAUUUUCGAAGAACGAAUCCUCUAUUCCAGAAACUUCAAAGUUGCGGUUCAUCAGAUCAUUUGCAGGCUCGCAUUGAACACUAACUGCAGCCAGAGCGGCCUGUGCAUACUGUUGCCACAUAAAACCCAUGUCUGUGAAGGAGUAUUGACGUUUUACUCGAUGAUUUAAGGCCCAGCGGACGAGGAAAUCUUAUCGAAAGUACGUCACCUUCAAAAAACAACUACCACACCAUGCUAUAAAAUAACAUUGUCUUUACCCCUAUCCUUCUACCCGCGGCAAGGUCAUAGCUUCUGGGAAAAGCACAUCUUCACAAUCGCUCGGGGUUGAGGCAUGCCCGGACAAAAUUCGCCGGUGGGCCGAAUAUCCUAACAGUACGUAAUAGGCACUGGUGUUAACAUAGAGACAAUGCAAACUUGCCCCCGCAAAUCCCCCCAUUGCCUUAUUGACCUUUGGGCUAGAAUUGAACUGCCGCCGUGACGAUCCUGGAAAUAACAGUACCUUGAGAAAACAGAAUGUUUCACAGAUGAUGGAGUCUUGACUUUACAAACAAAAAAGGUUUACAUUCACUCUUUUCAUUAACUUGCCAUGUCCCAAGUUCAAUUCACACUUAGAAUUGAUGGCUUCAAGGGCUUAUAUCAUAUGAAAUUUGGGAGUUCCCCAUCUAAAUCUCUGCACAAAGGUCACCACAGUAUCUAGCAUUCGUUUGCUUUGUUGGAUACCACCUUUCCUUUCACUUUCUAGCAUCUUUCAAGCUGUCUCUUUCUUCUUGUGGCACAUUCAUAUCAAUGGCAACAUGCAUACUGGAUUUCAGGGUUUAUCAGAAAGCAACAGCCCCAGUGCACUUGGAUGAUGAUUGCUGUUCUCCCCGUCGGACCCUUGUUUGGGCAUGUUACACCCGAAGCCAAAAGGACUAGGCGAUCCUUCCCAGUGUUAGCCAGAACAGAAUCUGAGCCUGUUUCUGCAGCUCUGGUGGCCCUGAUCAUCCUCGCCGCUUUCAUGGUUUUCGGCCUUUUUGUCGGUCUCUUCCGGAUAGGUCGACGUCACAAGCGCACCCGCGACAGCCAUAACGCUGGCCCUGAGAAACUAGAAAGUGGCCUUGGGACUCGUGCUACGAUUCCGACCCCAGUUGAAAACCUGAGAUCCAGGACUGGUCCCCCCCUUCUAGAGGGUCCUCACGCACCAGUUCAUAUGAAUGGAUACCCCCCUAUGCAAGUGAACUCGGAACACUUUCCACGACCCCCGCCAGAAGUCACCGAUCAUGCCGUGAUAUCCUCUCAUUCCCCGUUUCCACAGUCUCACAUACAAAACCUUGAUCUAGACGUGGUGACAAUCGGCAACGAGUCAAUAGAUGACAGUGCAUCGCAGUCGCUCGCAUCAGCCGUAACGUCUUCUGUUUCGUCAAUCAUUGAAAAAUAUAGGCACAUGCCCGAGGACAGCGUCUACGACUCCGAAGAUAGCGCUAGAACAGCCCGGCCGCGGCGAAAACAGGUUAAUGCAAGAAAUUACCACAGGAGCCCCAAUACAGGGGAUAGUCCAUACACGAUGUUUAAUUAUACCUGGGACGAUAUUCCAGGGCAGAGACACACAGAAUCACCGGCACCAGGGAAUCGGUUACAUUCGCCAGUAAGGCUGAAUUUAGCCCGACCUAUGUCACCCCAGACUCGCCAUCAAGAAAGACUAGGUUCUCAUGAAACGUUGCCGAACUUCACAGCGAAUAGAAAUGAGCCCGAUGAACAUCUGGGCAUUGAUUCCACGAACCAUCCUCACCAUACUCACCAAACUUCAUUACCAGCGUCAUGCGCGCUUCACAAAGGAAAAUUCCCUAUGCGCCAAGAUUCGAUGCAGGUCCCUCCGCUAUCAAUUCGCAAAAUGCCCUCGGCACCUAUGGCGACUACGGAAGACGCUCCACGGGUUUUGGGCUCUAGUUCUAACGGUAGGGGACGACCUGAAAGGACCGGGGGAUACGGAGGAUUCUUGCAAAUUGGGCCUCAGACUAGGGGGAGACCAGCAGAACGAGGCAAUGUCGCAUAUUUCAAUAUAUCAAAUUCGUCAAAUACUGACAGGCCCGGCAGUUCUAAGAAUCGGGAGCAUAUAUUAUCAAAUCAGGACUUUCCCCGGAGAUCCCCGUAUGCAGGACAAGAAAUCAGCCUCCAAAAAGCCGCUAUUCCGGGGUAUUUGCAAGUCAAAAACACCCCUUCCGAGGGCAAUGUCGACGAAAAAACGAUUCGCUUCGCGUUACAGGCAACCUCUACGAUAAGCGAUCAGAGCCCAGGAUCAUCAAAUCCCUUGUCACCUGCAGUCACUCCCAACGAACGAAUCGAAUUCAGGGAUUCUACCAAUGGCUCCUAUCCGUUUAUACAUAAGCAAGCGAGAGAAGUUCUGGAAUCUGUCCAUCUGGGCCUUGCACCGCCCCGUGAAAGCGCGAAUUUUGAAUGGGAGGAGAAACGGAGACCUCCAGCUUCCGAUAUCGAACCCACCCAAGAUGUACAAGCAGCAAGCUCGAGCCAAGACCGGAGUGGUAAUGACUUGUCGCCGGAUAGUAGUGAUGUUCUUGAGGGCUCAUUGUCGAGCUCAGGUACAAGCGCUGCGGGGAAUCGAGGUGAUAGCAGGAGAAAAAACAAACGACAGAGUCGGUUGCAUAAUCUAGUGAGGAAAUUUCUUUAUUGACUUUCUACUUGGUGGAUUUAAUCGAGCUAUUUUUGAUUAUAUCUAAUUUCGUAUCUAUACACAUCUUCUGUUUUAAAUACACAGGUCGUUCGUGGUUAACUUAAGCCAGGACUUUGGAAGCUUGUAUGCGAGCAAACGAGCGUUUUUUUUUUUUUUUUUUUUUUUUUUUUUUUUUAAAAAAAAAAAAAAG